AGUUUUACUGUAUACUCUCAAUUGAUACAUCUAUCAACAACAAUGACUUACGCUUUAUCUGCUACUCACAGACAAUUGACCGAAGGUUCCUUAAAGGAAACCGAUCCUGAAGUUGCUUCCAUCAUCAAGGAUGAAAUUGACAGACAACAACACUCCAUUGUCUUGAUUGCUUCUGAAAACUUCACCACCAGAGCUGUUUUCGACGCAUUGGGAACUCCAAUGUGUAACAAGUACUCUGAAGGUUACCCAGGUGCUAGAUACUACGGUGGUAACGAACACAUUGACAGAAUUGAAACCUUGUGUCAAGAAAGAGCCUUGAAGGCCUUUGGUCUUACUGCUGAUAAGUGGGGUGUCAAUGUCCAAACUCUUUCUGGUUCUCCAGCUAACUUGCAAGUCUACCAAGCUAUCAUGAAGCCUCAUGAAAGAUUGAUGGGUUUGGAUUUACCUCACGGUGGUCAUUUGUCCCACGGUUACCAAACUGACUCCAGAAAGAUUUCUGCUGUUUCUACUUAUUUCGAAACCAUGCCAUACCGUGUUGAUUUAGAAACCGGUUUAAUUGACUACGAUAUGUUGGAAAAGACUGCCGUUUUAUUCAGACCAAAGGUUUUGGUUGCUGGUACUUCUGCUUACUGUAGAUUGAUUGACUACAAGAGAAUGAGAGAAAUUGCCGACAAGGUUGGUGCUUACCUCGUUGUUGACAUGGCUCACAUUUCCGGUUUGAUUGCCGCUGGUGUUAUCCCAUCUCCAUUUGAAUAUGCUGAUAUCGUUACCACCACCACCCACAAGUCCUUGAGAGGUCCAAGAGGUGCCAUGAUCUUCUUCAGAAGAGGUGUCAGAUCUGUUAACCCAAAGACCGGUCAAGAAAUCCUUUACGAUUUAGAAAACCCAAUUAACUUUUCCGUUUUCCCAGGUCACCAAGGUGGUCCACACAACCAUACCAUUACUGCUUUGGCCACUGCUUUGAAGCAAGCUUCCACUCCAGAAUUCAAGGAAUACCAAACCCAAGUGUUGAAGAACGCCAAGGCUUUAGAAUCCGAAUUCAUCAACAAGGGUUACAAGUUAGUUUCUGAUGGUACUGAUUCCCAUAUGGUUUUGGUUUCUCUUAAGGACAAGCAAAUUGAUGGUGCCAGAGUUGAAACUGUGUGUGAAAACAUCAACAUUGCCUUGAACAAGAACUCUAUCCCAGGGGACAAGUCUGCUUUAGUUCCAGGUGGUGUUAGAAUUGGUGCUCCAGCCAUGACCACCAGAGGUUUGGGUGAAGAAGACUUCAAGAAGAUUGUUCACUACAUUGACUUUGCUGUCAACUAUGCCAAGGAACUUCAAGCCAGCUUACCAAAGGAAGCUAACAAGUUGAAGGACUUCAAGAACGCUGUCAUCAACGGUCAUGAUGAAAAGUUACAAGCCAUUAAAGAUGAAAUCUAUGCUUGGGCUGGUUCUUUCCCAUUGGCUGUUUAAGCGUUGCUGUUUAUUAUUAUUAUUAUUAUUAUUAUCAUUAUCAUUUUUUUUGUUUUGUAUAUGAGACUUACGUUCAACACCGUUUUCACUUCUAGUUUACAGGAUGUUCUAGUUUAUCAAUUCAACCGAUAGAUCAUGGACGUCUAUUUUUACAUUUCUAUAUUUACUUAACAGGAACAAAAUAUAAAUUUAUUAUUAAAUCAAUUUUUCAUUCUUGAAAAUUUCAUCCAAUUUAUCUUCGCUAUCCCAUUUCUUCAAAUCAGCUUCGGUACCUAAUCUCUUACCAUUGAAGAAUAUAGUAGGCACCCAUUUUCUACCAGAUAUUUCAGUGAAUGCCUUUUCUAAUUCGGUGGCUUCAUUUUGAUCAGCAAACUUGUCCAAUUCAAUAAUGUGGACUUUGUCAGCGACGUGAUACCUAUCCCAAAUUCUAUAAGUAUAAUGACAAUCAGGACACCAUGACUUGGAAAGCAUAAGGUAUGGAUGAGUGUUGAUCAACUCUUGUGCUCUUUCGAGGUAUUUCUUACUGGCCAUGGUAUUAGUUGUAAGCUGU